AUGACGGAAGUUACCCAGAUAUUACAAAAAGGUGGUGUUGUCCAACGCCAAGUCACAGGAUCUGGCGACUUGAAGAAUAGUGCAACUGUGUUAGCGACUAUUAACAAGAGAAAGCUGCCGGCUGUGAUCCAAGCCGAGCCGUCGCUUGUUGCAAUCGAACUGUUUCAAUACAAUAACGGUACCACCUCGGUCAUAACCACUGGACCCACUGAAUUUAAUGUUCUAAAGGAGAUUUUGGAUCAUGUCAGUGUCAUUCUACAGUCACCUCUGUUUUGGUGCGGGGAAGUCCCACUCCUAAGUGGAAAAAAAACACUGGGCGGUUCGUAA